AAGUAAGCGGGAAAACAUGCAAAGUUUAAGCCUUUAAGAUGAUAUUUACACUGCGCCACACACUCCCCAUCUUCAUAAUCCGGUGAUGAUGAGAAUUUCUUGAUGAAUCAGUUUGAAAAACCGGAAGCAAACUCGGGCUUGAUUUCUUGAAUUCUUAGAAGGGUUUGUUUUAGGGCUUCCUGUGUUGUGGGGAUUAUCAUUUGUGGAAGAGGAAGAGAUGGCCAACCAGCAGGAUAUUGAGAAGGGAAGCACCCACUCGCUAACGGAGCAGUUGAUAGAGAAGGACAGCUCAUCACUUGAUGAGAAUGGAGGUGGCAGCCUGGUCAUGGUUUUUGUCUGUGCUUUCUUUGCAAUUUGUGGGUCUUUCGAGUUUGGCUCAACCAUUGGAUAUUCUUCGCCUACACAGUCUGCUAUAAUGGAGGAACUUAAAAUGUCUUCUUCAGAGUUCUCAGUCUUUGGAUCCAUAUUGAAUAUUGGUGCAAUAAUUGGUGCAAUCACGAGUGGAGGAGCUGCUGAUCUGCUUGGGCGAAAAGGGGCAAUGUGGAUGUCAUCUGCUAUCUCUAUUGCAGGGUGGCUGAUAGUUUAUCUUUCUAUGGGAUCUUUACCAUUGGAUUUUGGAAGGCUUUUAACAGGAUAUGGCAUCGGUGUCAUUUCUUAUGUGGUACCAGUUUAUAUUGCAGAGAUAACCCCAACAAAUCUUAGGGGUGCCCUAUUAUUGGUACAUCAGAUCUCGCUAGGUACAGGGAUUUUGGUCACUUAUGUAGUUGGUGCAUUUGUAACAUGGAGGACACUGGCUCUAACUGGGAUGAUUCCAUGUAUAAUUAUGAUUAUGGGCCUGUAUUUUAUCCCCGAGUCCCCUAGAUGGCUGGCACUGGUUGGAUGUCAGAAUGAGUUUGAAGCUGCAAUUCGUAAACUUCGUGGAGCCAACACUGAUAUUUCUAAAGAAGUGGCUGAAAUUAAAGAUUCUUUGUUAAUUCUUCAAAACUUCCCAAAGGCUACAGUUAUGGAUUUGCUUGACAAAAGAAAUAUGCGUUUGCUCAUUAUUGGAGUUGGACUGAUGCUGUUUCAGCAGUUGUCUGGAUACAAUGGAAUCGUUUUCUAUGCCAGCCAAAUUUUUACAUCUGCAGGAGUACCUCCUACUGCUGGAAGUAUUCUCUAUGCUUGCCUGCAGAUCAUUGUUCUAGCAUUUGGUGCGAUCUUAAUUGAUAAAGCUGGAAGAAGACCCCUUUUACUGGUUUCUGCAUUUGGGGUGCUUCUUGGAAGUCUGUUAACUGCUGCUUCCUUCUUUAUGAAGGAACAUAAGUUGGCUCCUGAGUUUGGUCCACUUCUUGCUAUCAUUGGCAUCAUGGUUGACAUGGGAUCAUAUUGUUUAGGAUUGGGCGGAAUUCCUUGGAUUAUGAUGUCUGAGAUAUUCCCAAUCCAACUAAAGGGCAUUGCAGGCAGUAUUGUGACAUUGGCCAGCUGGGGCUGUUCUUGGGUCAUAUCCUACUGUUUCAACUUCCUCAUGAACUGGAGCUCAUAUGGCACAUUUUCUGUAUUUGCUACUUUCUGUGGAAUUGCCAUCGUGUUCAUCUACAAGCUGGUACCUGAAACAAAAGGCAGAACCUUGGAAGAGAUUCAGACUAUUUUAAAUUCACAAGGGAUGGUAGAAUAAACCUGUUAAAGAAAUCUGUACUUGUGACUGGUUUUUGUGUGUGGUUAUUACUACGCACAAAAUUGUUUUUAAUCUCUUAUCUAAUAAAGAGUUGAGUUGUAA